CAGCUGUUUCUGAGGAAGAAGUAGAAGAAGAUGUAUUGCCGCCGCGGUGCGCCAUUUCACCAAAGAACAAGGACAAGGUGUGCCUACGGCACUUAAACGGGAUGAUGCAUCGGGGAAGCGUCAGUAACAUAUCAAACUACAUGCCUGACACUCCAGAAGAGAGGUUACCGCCACGAAAAGUCGGCCGGAGUUCGAGGGCGGUUUUACUGGUCACCAGUGGCUGCUUGUGCUACAACUGCGUCUUCCUCUUCGCGGUGCCCAACGAUUGGGGAUUCGAAAAAAUCGGGAUGCAUCAAACUCAAGGAGAACUGGCGCUCAACACUGUGUACAACAUCGUGCUCUUCACAAACGCAGCCAGUGACGUCAUCCUCAUAUUCAGCAUUUAUUUUAAAGAGUGCACGCAUGCAGAUUCCGAAGGUCGCAACAUCAUCGGAAUAUUGAAAAUGUUCAUCGCCUGGAACGCCGUCACCAUCUUCCUCUGCUGGAUCGCUGCGUGCAUUCAAGUUCAUUACAGGUACAGCCAGGUACUUCAAGACGCUGGUGAUUCGCCCAACGGCAGCCUCGAAACGAGGGGACCCAAUGUGUUUACGGUCAAUGAAGAUCACAAACCGCACGAGCAGAACCGGCAUUUUUGGAAUAUUCUCGUGUUGGUCACAGCGAUAGCAAGCGUGAGGGCGCUGGUGCUGGUGUGGUGCUACCUGAGUUACCUGUCGAAGCUGGAACAGGAGGCGGAGGCCACCCCGGUGCUUUCACUAGACCCGUCAAGCAAUUCGGUUGUGGAUCCGCGCAACCCGUGGCGCUGGUUCCAGAUCAAAAGGCGCUCCGCGAGCAGACCCCGUUCGCUCCACGGGCCCAGCGACGGUCACCAGAGUCGACGCAGCGGUGCCGGGUCACGCUCGCUCCUCGAGUGGCUAACUCCUAACCCCUGGCGAUCCGUUGUGACGUCGAGCGAGCCCACCCCCGGUCCCGGGCCUCCGCGCCCCGGCGGACGCGCCAAGACUCGAAGCCGCGGCGGUACUGGCGGUGCCCCAUCACUGGCCAGCGGGGUGAUGCACCCAGCCACGCUGUACGACCCGACAGAGCUACGUAGCCUGAGCGGCCUCGAGGACCCGCACGAGCAGAGCGCCUACGCCAUGCACGUGGUGCCCAACCUGGGGCGCGUUUCGUACAUCUGGCGCCAGUCUUCGUCCAACGCUGAGAUUCCAGCGGCGAGCAUCUCUCGCGACCAGUGGCUCCCCUUCUCAUCCAGCUUCGAGGCGAUGCAGAUCGCCGAGCUCAGAGGUCGCCGCUCAGAGGUGGGCCGGCCGCACAUGAGGCACUUCGGGGACACUGCCCCUUACGAUCCACGCCGCUUGGUCCUUCCCACAGAACCAGACGUGGUCGCCGACGAAGGCCAUGAUCUCGAGUUCCCAGUUGAGGACCAGCCGGUGCACUUGGCCCAACAAGUCAACCCAAACGAUGUUUCGGUGGAAGAGCCGACCCGAGGUGUCCUGUUCAGUUCGUCGAGGCUACUUUCGUUGCCCUCUGACGGCAUCGAUCGGACCGGAGGCUCACUCCAACAAACUGUGACGGCCACAUCGGGGCCACUCGCUCUGGAAGCACAAAUGGUGUCCCUGUUCAGUGGAUGGCACGAGGACGUCCAUCAGGGCUCCACUAGCUCCGGAGCCGGUCCGCCUAGCCAGGACUUGCCUCGCCUGUUGUCAUUGCCACAGGAACGGCCCAUUGUUCUCGACCCAAAGCGAGUCAGCUUCGGUGUCGACAUUGCAGAGGCCGCCACUCCACCACGCUUGGACGGCAGAAAGGAAGCAGAAAAUGAGGCUGAGGGCCGUCGCUUGCUAGCGCAAGAAGUCUGUGGCUGGGAUCGGACGACCGACGACGCAAAGAAUCUUCAACAGGAUGAUCCCGGAAGAGCAGCAGAGUCAACAAGCGCUGCCGUAACCUCUAAGGAAAGUAGCAGUUCGGUGCCUGUACAGAGGAUCCAGCCGAUAAGGGGUCGACGAGAGACACCGCCUUUCAUCAACCCUCAGGUUCCGACUAUAUGGAGCGCCCGGCGUUCUGGCGCCUUCCUUUUUUCGCCGUACAAAGUGGUAACUCGAGACAGCGCCCAACAGACGGACUCAUAAUUGCGCUGUUAUAUUUGCGUGCGAGAAAUAGGCAUGAUCUGCCCAGAUCACACUUGCCUAAGGUCGGUAAACUGAAGAUGUCAAAAUGUGGAAAUGGACAAUGGUUAGAGCGAAGCCCACACCACGUCGCACGUUUGCCUCAGCUUUCUGAAUUUGUAGGGGUGCGAAAAAAUAGCAGCCACAUUGCUUUCUGCUUGGAGAUUCUGAUAAGUUUGCGUACUGCAUUUUUCGUAGGUAAAUUGAGGUACGUACUUUGGGCAAACAAAGAAAUGUGGCAACGUUUAAUAUAGAUGAAUUUAAAUGCUUCGCGCUCUACUUUGGGAGGUCGUUCUACAUAUAAAUGAGACGGUCAUGUCUUAGCAAAGACUCUUCGUGGCCAUGCCUGUAACUUUUGCGCUGCGCCUUUGUGUCACACAUAGAUAUUAUUGGGGAUGAUGCUGCUUUUAGAAAUACCUUGCAGCAUACUUCGUGACUGGAUGUUUGUCCGAAUCCCGACGACGCUCUGAGAGUCGUGUGGAGCGAUUGUAUCAGCAGCGAAGGCAGUAUAUUGUUCAAGUGUU